AUGUCGAAUCACGACUCUUGGGAGGACCAGCAUGACGACAUCUCAGGCGACAAAUGGCAAGGCUGUGCGAUAUGCGGCCUCUCCAGCGAUGGCGACGACGGCUUCUGGCUGGACUCGCUCGUGUUUGAGAUCGAGAUAUCUGCACUGCUUCAGUCUCGCGGCGAGGGCUGCUGGGGCUGCUGCCUGAUAUUCGACGCCAUCGCUGCCAUCCACCCUAACCACAGCCUUUUCACCGAAACCCGCCAGAUCCGCCUAACCAUAGACCGUGGCCACGCGGGCGGCCUGACAGUCAAAUUCACCGCACAAGAUCGCAUCGUUUUCGCCCUUCCCACUACCAGCUUCGAGAUUUUUGGGCUCCGGGGCUUGCCUAACCCGUUCAGAUCCCUCGCCAAGGUCGACGAGAUUAUCCAGGACACUCGAGAUGCCCGUGUCUGCGGAGCCAAGAUUUCCACGUGGCUCGGGAAGUGUGUCGGCCCUGACGCCGACCCCUGGCACACCUCGUCCUGUCGAGGCACCGACCCAGACUUCACACCACGGCGCUUGAUCCAUGUCAGACAAACGAGCGACCCAGACGUCCACCUUGUCGAGCCCGGUGAUCCCCUGGAUCAAGUCCUACACCCGGUGUCCUAUGUCGCCCUGAGCUACUGCUGGGGCCCCGAUACCACUGGCAUUGUCAAGACUCUGAAAGAAAACAUCGAACAGCAUCGUCGUGGAAUGUCCAUCAGCGCCCUUCCGAGGACGCUGCAGGACGCCAUCACCGUAUGUCGCAGCAUCAAUGUGCCAUAUAUCUGGAUCGACGCGCUAUGCAUCAUCCAGAACGACUCGAACGAUUGGGAGACCGAGUCUGUCAAGAUGCUCGAUAUCUACUCCAACUCACACCUUACCAUCGCCGUCCACCAUGCCGUGUCGUGCAAGGACGGCUUCCUUGGCGGGCAGCUUUUUGGGGAGGAAACUUGGCAGAUCAAGUUCCAUACGACCAUUCCCAGUAACGGUACACCUACAAGCUCGUUCCCGAUGGCCCUGAGACAGAGGCUUUCUCGGGACGACGGUGUCCUAGUUCCGUUCCCCGAAGACGACGCGUCCCACAAAACACCGCUUCUAGAACGUGGCUGGACUUUCCAGGAGGCCAUCAUGCCCCGCCGGAUCAUUCACUUUACCACCCGCGAGCUCAUCUGGGAGUGCGGCUCAGCUCACUGGUGCGAAUGCGGCCAUGUCGAGCAUCCAGAUCGAUACCAGAUGCAUGAAACGGCACACCAGCUCCUCGUCAAGACAAACACCGAGACCAGUCGAACGGGGCAGAUUUUCGAUCCGGGACAAGUAUGGAUCAACAUUUUGAGAAGUUACGGCAAGCGCAGAUUCACCAAUCCUUCCGACAGGCUGAUUGCCUUGUCUGGCGUGGCCAAGAUCAUGGUGUCUCCGUUCCAACAAGAAACGCUUGUAUCAGUUUAUCUGGCCGGGAUUUACCGCACUCACAUGCCUCGUCAACUUCUCUGGGAAACGGACUGGAUGUCUACAAAGACAGUCGACGCGGUCCCAUCAAUCAUUGAGGAUAGAACAAACCCUUACCUAGCGCCGUCAUGGUCAUGGGCCUCGGUGCGGCACUCGACAACCUACCGUAUGGGCCAGUGGCAGGAGACUUCCCACAUCGAGCUUAUGGGCGCAUUUUGUACGCCGAAGCAAGCAGGCGGUGACCUGACAGGAAUCAUAGUCUACGGAGAGCUCCAGAUCCGCGGCCUUGUAGUUCCAGUCGUUCUCAACACGUGGCCCUCGUCGUUGCCAUUGGAUAUUACACCGCGUCCGCCGGAUGACGGACCAACACGUGCCAACAAAUGGACUGGCCGUGCCGCCGAGGUGCGCCGUCGAGACCACUUGGAAUCCGUUGUGCGCGCGCGAAACGGCUGCAAGGUGGAAGUCUUAUGUGAUGUCGAGCAGGCAGUCAGUGUCAGCGACCCAGACAGUCAGCUAUGUGCGUGCUGGGGGUCAAACUGGUGUUGGAACUGCGCCGAGGAUAUUAACUGGGACAACCCAGAGUUCUGCUGCAUGAAAAUGGCCACUCACAUGUGGGAGUUUGGCCGGGCCAGAUGGACCAUCAAGGGCCACUUGCUAGUAUUUAGGCGGUCCAAGGCGGUCCAAGGUGCAUGGGAGCGUGUGGCGUUGGGAACACUUGACUCUCAAAGCAUCUUGUUGGCGCCGCGCCACAAAAUCUCGCCCUGGGCAGGCCGGCAAAACCCCGAGGAGAUAAAACGGGACUUUGAGCGGGAAGAAUGGGGGUUGUUCAGGGGCGGGGAGAUCAAAACUCUGCGGGUGGUUUGA